AUGGCCAGAGGGCCGCUGGACCUUUGGAACGAGUGGGCGACCCAGAUCCUCGUACUGCUGAGCCUCAAGCUCCAGGUUGUCCUCCUGCUCCUCGCCGGGAUUCGCCGUCGUCAAGCCUCCCGUGUGCUGACGUUCAUCCUUUGGGUGGCGUACCAGCUGGCUGAUUCUACUGCGAUAUACGCUCUAGGGCACCUCUUCCUCAGUAAUGCAGCACGCGACCACCAACUGGUAGCCUUCUGGGCCCCGUUCCUGCUGCUGCACCUUGGUGGCCCGGACAACAUUACAGCCUAUGCGCUCCAGGACAAUGAGCUCUGGCUGCGGCACCUGCUGACACUCAUCGUGCAGGUCCUUGGAGCAGCUUAUGUGCUCUACAAGCACAUCGCCGGGAACGGAUCCAUGAUCGUGCUGGCAGCCAUCUUGAUGUUCACAGUCGGUGUUGUUAAGUAUGGGGAGAGGACAUGGGCGCUCAGGUGCGGGAACAUGGACAGCAUUCGGAGAGCUCUCAAGCAGCAAACACCCCCUAGACAUAAUCAUAUUCACCGUCAUGACCAAUGGCUGGACGAAGAAGAACUCCAGGUGCGGCGUGCUCAUUCCCAAUUUCAUAUCUGCAAGCGUGCCAUUGUUGAUUCUUCAGACGACAUCGAUUCACAUGACACUGCUGGCACCACCGAGUUGCUUGGGACUGCAAACCAGGAAACUUGGUAUCAAGAAAGGGAAAGCCACAUGUGGACGAUGAUGGAGAUGGAGCUCUCCCUCAUGUAUGACAUCCUGUACACGAAGGCGGCCGUGAUCCACACCUGGUUUGGUUACUGCGUCAGGCUUGUCUCGCCAAUUGUGGCUGCGUCCUCACUCCUAUUAUUCCACUUGAGUGGGAAAGAAGGCCACAGCAGGGUUGACGUUGCUGUCACAUAUGUGUUGCUGGCUGGUGCCUUGCUCCUGGAGUCAAUUUCUCUGUUGAGCGCCCUGGGGUCAACCUGGACAUUUGCCUUCUUGUAUGCUACAAGCUGGACGUGGCUUCGGUACACAUUUUUAUGCAGCGGAAAGUGGGAUCAGCUUCGCCAUGCGGUUGUAUAUCUUCGCCGACUUGUCAAGAUGAUCACCGGAGGAAGAAGCAGCAGAUCAGCAAGGAGAUGGUCCGGCGCCAUGGGGCAGUAUAACAUGCUUCACUUUUGCACACGCAACAGGCCAACAAGAUCUCUGUUCGGCAUGCUGGCGGUGAUGCUCGGAUCCAAGGAGUUGUGGGACAAGAAGCACUACUCUGGCACAGAUCAGAUCUCAGACAUGAUCAAGAAGGUGGUGAACAAAUAUAUACAUCGACUGCACGAGAUGGGGAGGUUCAAUGCACUUGGCGUGCUGAGGAAGAAGUGGAGUCAGGAAGCACUGGAGCGUUGGAAAUUGUAUGAAAGGGUUCGUGAGUACAUCGGAGUUGAGCUCCAGGAGGGUGUCAUCAUCUGGCACAUUGCCACUGACAUUUUCCUCGCCUGCAGCGCUGCCGAAAGGGGACUGGAAGAGGUGAAAGCUGUAAGGGCAAUGUCUAAUUACAUGAUGUUCCUGCUCGUGGACCGACCGGAGAUGCUACCGGGCCUUGCUCAGACCAGGUUGUAUGAACGAACAUGCAUGAAUUUGGUGGAAAUAUGGGAAAACGCUGAGCACCCGACACCCCGUCACGGUGGGAACACGUUCACUACGCUAUUCCGCCUGCGUGAUGACCCUAAUUCUUAUUCUAGGAUGGAGGAGAUAGAGAAGCUUGCCAGCAUCCUCCGCGGAAGAGACCCAAACUUUAGCAACAAAGCUCCUCGUCUUUCCUAUGCAACUAUAAUUGCCAAUAUACUGCUCGAAAAAGAGACAAGUUCGUCCCUGCAAUUGCUUCUUGAGGUGUGGACAGACAUUCUAGUUUACGCAGGCAACCGAUGCAGUAGGGAGUCCCACGCUAAGAAGCUCAACGAUGGUGGUGAGCUGAUAACCAUCCUAUGGCUUAUGAUAGAACACCUUCACCAAGCUUCUCUCGACACGCAAGGAAAGCCAUAA